UCCGUGCACAGUUGAGACUGCCCCCUGCUGUUAGCUCCUAUGUCGUCGGCAGAAAACAGACGGAGCAACUUGAAGUUAGCUUUCCAUGCAAACUGACAAAAGUAGUACCGGGACACUGACUGCUAGUUUUUACACACUUCGAUGGACACUGUUCAGAAAGCGAUGGCUGGGUUUUCUCUGGACCUUGGACCGCUGAAGGAGCCUUUGGGAUUUAUUCGUGUCCUCGAAUGGGUCUUUUCAAUCUUUGCCUUUGCCACCAUCGGAGGUUACACUGGGACAACCCACCUCACAGUCAGCUGUCCCGACGGAGACCAACCUGUAGAGGCGUUUUUUGCCUACCCGUUCAGGUUGGCAAUGAAACCGUAUUGUCUACCACCAUCAUGUAACGGCUCGUGCACUGAGACCUAUCUGCAGGGCGACUUCUCCUCUUCAGCACAGUUCUUUGUGUGUGUUGGUGUGUUUGCCUUCCUUUAUUGCACCGCCACACUCAUAGUCUACCUGGGCUACCGGAGCGUCUACCUGCAGACCAGCCGUGGUCCCGUCAUAGACCUGCUGCUGACCGCUGCCUUUGCCUUCCUCUGGCUCGUGUCCUCCUCGGCCUGGGGCAAAGGCCUGACCGACGUUAAAUAUGCCACUGACCCCAACCGCCUGGUGCAGUUGUGUACCAGCUGUAAAGCAGGAGAGUUUCCUUCCAUGGGCAGGCUCAACGCCUCUGUGAUUUUUGGCUUUCUGAACCUGAUCCUGUGGGCAGGUAACUGCUGGUUCAUUUACAAGGAGACUCCGUUCCACAAGGUUCCUGCCCCCCCCACCACCAUGCAGGAAGGCGGAGCCCCGGGACCCUAAUCAUGUAGUUAGGGUUCCCCAGCACAGCCACGCACCCUUAAAGAAAAGCUUGAUGUCCCACACUGAUGUAGAGAAAUCCCCCCAGUGAAACACUGGUCUGUAGCAGCCCCCUCCAGCUUUAGCGUGUCAGGACCCUCAGCUCACAUCCACAGGUGGCAGCUCCCAGCAGGGCCCCUCAACAUUUGUUCUGGAGAUUCAGCACUGCAGCUGCUGUUGCAUGCUGCCUGAAACAGUCACACUACAGUCUGCUGUGUUUGUGAAGCCUUGCAUCACUGCAGGCUGGUUACACACUGACUCCAGGAGCUUUUCAGGACACUGUGUUUGUCUCAUUGCAGUACUCUUACACUACACUGUACUUUAAAUGUCUCCAUGUAACACUAGUAACAUUAUUUAUGUUUGGCUCUGAUGUAAUUACAGCGCACUGAUUACUGUUUGUGUUGUUGAUGCUGAAUUUGUGUUGAUGCCAAAGGAGAAAAAGCCGUGACUGAAAUAUG